AUGCCGAAAGGAGUUUUCCCUAGUGCACAAUUUACUUCUGAUGGAGCUUCAUAUGAAUAUAGUUCAUCAAAGAGUAUUGGGAAUUGGGAAGGAAUUGCCAUGUCCGACUACCAAAUUGACCAACAAAUAAAACAGUUCACAGAUUUCGGGAGCUUUGAUGAUUUGUAUCUUGAUGUUGUCUCUCCAGCUUUCCAAUCAUUUGACGACGAAUUCAGUACACUUGUUAGUAUUGAGUCACAAAAUUCAGAGCUUAACGCACCCAAGAAGAAAAGUCGGUAUGGGUUCCCUUCAGGUUCUCUUGAGAUCCCGAAGAGAUAUGGAAGCAGAUUCAAAAGGUUAAACAAUAAAAAGGCAGAUGCCCCAAGCUCUGAGAGACACUACACUAAUAGUAGCGGUCCAACACUUUUAGCUGAAAUAAUCAUUCAACUGGCUGCAGAAAAAUUUAUCCAGUCCAGUUCCCAGUGUAGUGAUGAGCUUUCCAUGCUUAACCAUGCAUAUCCAAGUUCAAUUUUGACUAACUCUGUAGGAGAUUCUAAAGAGGUUUAUCUUCUGUCCUCUGCUGAAAAAAAAGGUGAGAAGCAGUACAAACGUGCUAUUAAGUUACUCCGCGAGUGUGACAAAGUGAGUUCCAAUAUAGGAAGCCCUGUUCAGAGAUUAGUCUUUUAUUUUACUGAGGCUCUUUAUGAGAAGAUUGACAGUGAAACUGGAAGAAUUCCUCUCUCUCAGAUUACCAAAGCCUUAGUCGAACAUGUAGUGGGGGCAAGGAAGGUACACAUCAUUGACGUUGAGAUCAGAUUUGAAAAUGCUGUUGAGCAACUUAAAAUUACGGUUGUGGGAACCAAAUCAAAGGAAAGAAUAGAAGAGACUGGUAGGCGUCUUACAAGCUUUGCACAGGGACAGGGACUUUGA